AUGACGACGAUGCUUCUCCGAUCCUUGACUUCGCCACUGGCUCAGAUGCUCGAACUUCGAACAGAUGCUCCUUUCUGCAGCGGCUGCGCAGUGAUUGACUUGCCAGAGGAGCGCCUCCUGGAGCGAUGCGAGAAAAUGCAGGCGCAGAUUCAGUGCAAAGAUGACGCAAGGAGAGAAGCCGCCCGCUGCGCCUUGCAGGCUGAGCUUGAGCGCUGGGGCGACCUGCAUGGCACACCAAGAGGCCGCAUCAAAUCGGCUGGAGUGGCACAAUUUCCCUCGCUUAGUCAGGAGUCUAGCCGGGUGACAUCCGAUCUGAGGCAUCCAUACGCAUCCGCGCGUAGUGCGAUCUUGCACUUGUACAUUUCUAGUUUCGGGAGGCGCAUGGGCAAAGACGAACAGUUUUCAAAGGCGAAGCUGGUUAAUCCCAGCGGCUUCGACUGGGGCCUCGGAGCCGUAGCCCUGUACGCAUCGGACUACGUCUCCGUGCGGUGGACAGGCUUCGUGCUUCCAAUGUACUCCGAAGACUAUACCUUCUAUGUGAAAGCCGAUGACUCCGCAAGGUUGUGGGUCAACGGCCGCCUGCUCUUUGACAAGUGGGAUGAGUGCUGUCAGGAGUUCUGGGGCCACAUCGGGCUCACAGCCGGUGAGCUAGCAUCCAUCCGCCUAGAGUUCAGGGAGGUGGCAGGCAACGCCACGCUAAGCAUGGAGUGGGCGUCGUUUUCCACUCCCAGAGGCUUCAUCAGCCCGGGUCAACUCUUCAAAGGGCCGAUCAUCAACGGAGCGCCUGUCCUCCUCGAGGUGGCCACGGGCACCGUGAACGCGCAGAACUCGGAGGCUUUCGGCGAGUACCUCACGGGGGCCCGCUGCCUGGAGUCCCGGGCCUUCUACAUCCAGGCGAAAGACACCGCGGAUAACCUGCUGAAGAGCAAUCAGGAGGUCUUUCAGGUGACCUUCAAUGGCCCAGUGACCUUCACCGUGGUCUCCGCACCGGUGAAUCCAGAUGCUAUGGACGGUCUCUACAAAGUCGAGUACCUUGUGAAUGUGGCCGGCAACUACCAGGUCUCUGUAGCUCUGAAUGGAAUGCCAAUCAAGGGCAGUGUCGAGUUCAUCGCGGGGACGGAGGCAGAGUUCGUGGUGCAAGCGAAGGACGCCUACGGCAAUGCACUGGAUGAGGAGGUUGGUGAAGUGACCGCCUCCAUAGAGUGGGAGAUGUAUGAUUCUGUCACAGUGCCUCGGCUAGUACUUGGCUGCGCAACUGCACUCUGUCAUCCCAUUGCUGAGACUAUGACUGUCCUGGAUGAUGAGCCACUCAACAACGCCGAAUUCGGGCGGUACUUCUAUGGGAGAGCUACCUACAUCGGAUUUGGCCAGCCAGACUCCCAGAUCAGCUACAGCGAGAAUCUGAUGGGCAAGUGUAUCAACGGCGGCAACGUCUACCAGUCGCCCUUCACCCUGAAGGGCUACCCCGCCGCCGCGCCCUACGGACCCAAGAGUUUGGCCGAGAGCUCACAGCCUCCAGCCUCGGGUGUGGCGGGUGAUGAGAUCGCCUUCCAUGUGCAGCUUCGCGAUGCCUACGGCAACAUCCUGGCCUCCAGCCCCGCCGGGGCCAUCUCCGUGCGGGUGAGCUCGACACCGCCCGUCAGCCAGGUCGACGAUGGCGUCUGUACGCCGACCACCGGGGGCAGCACGGGUUUGUACGAGUGUCGGAUUACUCCCACAGUUAGCGGCAACCGUCUUCUGUCGGUUCAGGUUGAUGGCGUAGAGAUUUCCAAGUUAGAGACAGUGCAGCCGCUGUCGCAGCUGACCGUCACCCAGGGACCCUUUGCCUUGUUCAUUGAGCCAGCAGCAGUCUCGCCUGCGAACACGGCCGUCUACAACAUAGAGUCAAGUUACCUGGCUGGCGUCACUGUGGAUGCACUGGUCCAGCUGCGGGACCGCUUUGGCAACAAUCGCACCAGCAGCUCAUCUACUCUCCUUUUUCAGGGGCGUUUUGGGCCGAGCAUACUUGCCUACACCGACCACAAUGAUGGGACGGUGACCGUCAAGGUGGGCACACAUCUGGCCGGCCAACACCCUCUUCAAAUCACCUUGGCUGGAGUACAGAUCUCCAACACGCCAACACCAGAGAUUGAUGUCCUCAGCUCGAUCGCACGCUUCGAUGGCACUGAAUGUGCUAUCCCUGCCCAAAUCAUUGCUGGGAUUCAGCACCCGUUUCAGUGCAUUCCUCGGGACACCUUCGGGAACAAGGUUGUGGACAACAACCUCUUCAUUCAGGCAGAGUUCGUCAACAUGGACGACUCCUCUGCACCUGUAGUGACAGUGGAUGGCACAUACAGCUUGGUGGAUGAUAACUACGACUUCCCCUUGGAGGACCGGCUUUGGGCCAGAGGUGGUCUGAUUGGGCGCUACUACCGGCUUCCAGAGCUUGGUGUCACUUCUGACAGACCGCCCGCACCAGGGUUUGGCACUCUUCGAAUACACACGAGUCGAUCCUCAGCUGGACAUCAUUUGGCCAGAGAGCCCGGUGGCUACGUGCCCGGAGGAUUAUUUUUCAGUGCAUUGGCACGGCUACCUCCUGCUGGAUUCUCAGAGCAAGGCCAACG